AUGGGUGACGAUCCCCGCGCCUUGCUUGCCAAGGCAGAUAAGGCUUUCGCGAGCUCAAGUGGCGGCUUCAGCCUAUUCGGCGGCCGGACGGAGAAGCUCGAGAAUGCCGUAGACCUCUACACGCAAGCAGCAAACGCCUACCGGCUACAAAAAAACGGCAAAGAAGCCGGCCUCCUCCUCGAAAAAGCCGCCUCCAUCCAAGAGGAGAAACUGAACGAACCCGAUGACGCCGCCCUCACCCGCUCCGAAGCCUCUAAAGCAUACCGCAAAACUGACCCGGAAGAUGCCGCCCGCUGCCUCGACCGCGCCAUCAAGCACUACACCAGCCGCGGCAACUUCCGGCGCGCGGCGUCCAUGCAGCAGACGCUCGCGGAGAUCUACGAGGUGGACAUCCAGGACGGGAAACGGGCGGGCGGCGCAUACGAGGCGGCGGCGGGGUGGUUCGAGGAAGACAACGCGAGCGCGCUGGCGAACAAGUUGUAUUUGAAGGCGGCGGAUAUCGCAGGGUUGGAGGGGGAUUACUACAAGGCGAUCGAGCACUACGAGCGGGUAGCGAAGAACUCGAUCAAUAAUGAUCUGAUGCGGUUCUCGGUGAAGGAUUACCUGCUGAAGGCGGGGAUCUGCCAUCUGGCCACGAACGAUCUGGUGGGCGCGGGGAGGGCGGUGGAAGGGUAUCCGGAGAUGGAUCCGAGCUUUGCGGGGACGCGGGAACAUCAGUUGUUGACGGAGUUGUUGGAGGCUGUGAAGGAUCAGGAUACGGAGAAGUAUGCGGAUAAGUUGUGGCAGUUUGACCAGAUGAGUAAGUUGAAUUCGUGGAAGACGACGAUGCUCUUGAGGGUCAAGAAGAACAUUCAAGAGGAAGAAGACGACUUCUCAUAGUCUCUUGUUGACGCUGAUCUUGGUUU